AUGGCCGCCUACCAGAUGCUGCAGCGCGAUCCAGCGUCCAAAGAUCUCUUCAACAAACGCAUCACAACACUGGAAGGUUUGCGUAACAUUUCGAGCAACUCUUCUUUUCUCGCCAUCGACACCGAACACAUUGCUGUGACUAGCCAAAGGGACCGCAUUCUCCACCAACUUGGGAUAGCGUUUCUUCCAGCACUCAAGCCAACAGAAUCAUCCAGUACUGAUGCGACCAGUACCAACAGACCUUCACUCAAGCCUUUCUACGACAAUAACAAGAUCAGCGGAUUGACUCUCAAUGUAAAUGUCCGCAAAGAAGUGCAAGAUCAGCUUAUCGCGCUCCGUGGUGGUAAAGGAUUGCCAAUUCGUCGCUCUAUACGCUUCGGCGAGGAAAAACAAGUCGACAUCGAUGAUUUAGAAUCCGCUGUCAUAGAGUUCAUCCAGGAUUGUAACCACGAUAGUAGCCUGGUUUUGCUGGGGUUUGAGAUGGCAGCGGAGUGGACUUACUUAUUUGAAGCCUUCCCGCGAGCCAUUCCCCUUUUCUCCGCUUGGGUAGAUCUUCGAGACAUUGCCAAGGACAUAGCAUCGUCAACUGGUGUCAUACCAGGCCUGGUAUCUUGUCUACAACUUUUUGGCUAUCACUGGAAAGACAUACUCUCCAUCAAGGGCAAUUCUAGUGGAGGCAUUGCCGACAAUGCGGGAGAUGAUGCUGUCUCAACUUGUGCGUUUGCAAGUGCACUUCUGUCCCCGACAAACCAGGAGAAGCUGAUAUUCCGACAAAAGUGUGCCCAAAUCGCGCAGGUCUUUUCCAAAAAAAACGGUCAACAAAUUCUACGACGGCGCCAAGCAUUCGCUGUAGCGGUCACCGCUCAACACAAACUCCCCGCCUCGAUUGACUCAGGUAUGAAACUAGCGCGCCGAUUCUUCGGCUAUUCACCUGAGGCUGCUGGAAUAUUAUCCCCGGAUGUGGCGUGCCUCACCUUUCGGAGCGAGGAACAUAUGGAUCGUUUCUUGUUGGAGGUGAAUGGGCUGGAACUCCCGACGGGUGAAAGACUAUCAGUUGAGCGCCAGUCCCAGGAAGGAGGCAGUUCUGAGAAAGAGAACCAGUUGCAGGAUGAGAAGAGAGCGCUAAGGGAAAGGCAACGUCAGGAGAACGAUGAGGAUAGUUUAGAGGAUUUAGGAGGUUUAUUUUUCUAA